UAACAAUCACGCAAACACGCGUCAGCAGCAGCUAACGAUGCUAGCAGGAGCGAAGCUAACAUGCUAACCUGCUAGCACGUUUCGCACCGAACUCCGCUCCACAUCUGCACGAUUCUCACUGAGUUCGUGAAUAACUGAGUUGAACGUGAAUGACGUCACGAAGCUCUGCGUCGUGCCGGUGGAUCCAGAUGUUGUGAAUCAUUCGGCUCCUUCAGGAAACAUCUGGCAGCGCGAAGUUUGCGUCAACAGCUGAUUCAUGUCAGUGGGUUCGCUGCGUGGAGUUUUGAAAAUGGCUCUGACACAAGUUUCCUCCAACAAGUGCGCUGGAGGCUUCCAGAAGGUGUUCGAGCACGAGAGCUCUGAGUUGAAGUGUAAGAUGAAGUUUGCUGUGUUCGUUCCUCCGAAGGCCGAGACGGACAAGUGUCCCGUCCUCUACUGGCUGUCUGGUCUCACGUGCACGGAGCAGAACGUCAUCACUAAAGCUGGAUGUCAACUCGCCGCUGCCGAGCACGGGAUCAUCAUCGUGGCUCCGGACACCAGCCCACGCGGCUGUAACAUCGAGGGCGAGGACGAGAGCUGGGACUUCGGCACCGGAGCUGGUUUCUACGUGGACGCCACCGAGGAGCCGUGGAAAUCAAACUACCGGAUGUACUCGUACGUCACAGAGGAGCUCCCCAAGCUGAUCAACUCCAACUUCCCCACCGCCGCCGACAGGAUGUCCAUCAGCGGUCACUCCAUGGGGGGCCACGGGGCGCUGGUCUGCGCCCUGAGGAACCCGGGGAAGUACAAGGCCGUCUCCGCCUUCGCUCCGAUCUGCAACCCGGUGCAGUGUCCCUGGGGACAGAAGGCCUUCGCCGGGUACCUGGGUCCGGACCGGGCUACAUGGGAGGCGUACGAUGCCACGGUGCUGGCGGCGUCCUACUCGGGUCCUCAGCUGGACAUCCUGAUCGACCAGGGCCGCGACGACCAGUUCCUCACGGCCAGCCAGCUGCUGCCCGACAACCUGAUCGCCGUCUGCUCCGAGAAGAAGAUCCCCGUGGUCUUCAGGCUGCAGCCGGGUUACGACCACAGCUACUUCUUCAUCUACUCCUUCAUGAACGACCACAUCAAGCAUCACGCCAAGUUCCUGAACGUCUGAGCUGCAGCAGCACGAAGAUCUGGACGAAGCUCGGACUCGCACGUGUUCUCACUGCGAGUCCCAGGAGAAGAGUCACGUCAGAACAGGAAGUCUGUCGGUGAAC